UCUAUAGAGAAAGACAAACGGGUUUUUUCUGUUUAAUAGCGUAUACUCUUAAUUAGAAGAAUGAAUGUCAUCAAAGCAGUGCAGCACUAUGUAGAUAAGAUGAUCGACGAUGUUCCAGGAAUGAAGGCCCUGCUUCUUGACAUUGAAACAACACCAAUCGUGUCCCUAGUUAUGACACAGUCUGCGUUGCUAACAAAAGAAUGCUACCUGAUUGACCGUGUGGACAAUCGUAAUCGGGGAAAGAUGAAGCAUCUCAAAUGUAUCUGCUUCUUGCGCCCUACACCCGAAACUAUUCGGUAUCUGAUAGACGAACUGCGUGACCCUGCUUAUGGCGACUACUUCCUCUACUUUAGUAAUACGAUGAUGAAGUCUGAUAUCGAGCGUCUCGCUGAAGUGGAUGAGCACGAAGUAGUCCGAGAAGUACAGGAAUACUUUGGGGAUUAUCAAGCUAUCAACCCAGACUUCUUUUCGCUCGGAAUUCCUUCUUCUGAAUUAUUCGGGGAUAAUAUGGAGAGUUGGAACCAGUCUACAUUUGACCAGACAGUAAGAGGAAUUAGUUCAGUCUUAUUGAGUCUGAAAAAGAAGCCGUUGAUUCGAUAUGAGGGAGCAAGUGUGAUGGCUAAACGUCUUGCUAUAGAAGUUCAGCGUAAUAUCAAACAAGAGGGCCAGUUAUUCGAUUUUCGUCGGCCAGACACACCACCAAUUCUGCUGAUCCUCGAUCGUCGUAAUGAUCCUAUCACACCAUUACUGACCCAGUGGACUUAUCAGGCUAUGGUCCAUGAGCUUAUCGGUAUCCAUCAUGGACGAGUGGAUAUGUCGACCGUACCAGAUAUUCGCAAUGAAUUAAAAGAAAUUGUACUAUCCCCAGAUCAGGAUCCUUUCUUUGAAAAAUCAAUGUAUCUCAACCUGGGUGAUCUUGGAGCUAAUAUUAAACAGCAUGUUGAUGAGUACCAAUCAAAAGCAAACUCAAACCGCAAUAUUGAGUCUAUUGCAGACAUGAAGCGUUUUGUAGAAGAAUACCCAGAAUUUAGAAAACUGUCAAGUAAUGUAUCAAAGCAUGUGGCUCUUGUAAGCGAGCUUAGCCGGCGUGUGGCGCAAGAAAACCUUUUGAGAAUUAGUGAAGUUGAGCAAGGAAUAGCAUGUAAUGGAAACCACAGCAAUGACCUCAAGGCUGUUCAACAACUGAUAGAAGAUCCAAAUGUCGAUGAUCAAUCCAAGAUCUGCUUGGUUUUACUUUAUGCUUUACGUUAUGAAUCUUCACCAAAUAAUAGUAUUAAAGCCCUGGUUGGUAUGUUGGAUAACAUAGGAAUCAGUGAACAAAAGACAAUGCUGGUACCUGCUAUUUUACGUUAUGCAGGAUAUCGUCAACGACAGGAUGAUUUGUUCUCGAACCAGACAUUUUUGUCCCGUAGUAAGAGUGCACUGAAGGGUCUCAAGGGAGUUGAGAACGUUUAUACCCAACACACACCUCUCCUCGGAGAGACACUCGAUCAAUUAAUUAAGGCUCGCCUCAAAGAUACAAGCUAUCCUUCUGUUGAUGGUACAGCAACUAUGCCAAGGGAGAGACCGCAAGAUAUUAUUGUAUUUAUGGUUGGAGGUGCGACAUUUGAAGAGGCUCGAUAUGUUGCGCAACUAAAUGCUUCUACACCUGGUGUUCGUAUUGUACUCGGUGGUACAUGUGUCCAUAAUGCCAAGAGCUUUUUGGAGCAAAUCAGCCAAAUACAGAACUAGGACAUUUUAGACAAAAUGUUUUUUUUUUCGAUAAGGGCAAAAAGAACCCAUACUUUUUUUUCUCUUUAAAAAAUUUAUGUUACAAAAAGUGAUGCAAAG